CUAUCGAUUCUAUCGAUAUUUGACCAUCACAAUAUUCAGCGAAUUGUAUUCAUGCAAUUUUUAGAAUUUUUAUAUAAUUUUAUUAUUUUGCCUGACGAUAAUGACUUCAAUCAUAUAUUUUACACCGAUUUCCGGAGCCCUAGAUGAAUCACCACCAUGUUAUCUUCUUAAUAUUGAUGAAUUUUGUUUCCUUCUAGAUUGUGGUCUAGAUGAAUCUUGUAAUGUUGAUUAUGUUGAAAAUCUAAAACCACAUAUGUCGAAAAUUGAUGCCGUUCUUCUGUCUCAUCCUGAUACUUUUCAUUUGGGAGCAUUGCCUUAUUUAUUUGGAAAAUGUGGCCUGUCAUGCGAUGUAUAUGCAACAACACCGGUCUAUCAAAUGGGUCAAAUGUUUGCAUAUGAUUUAUAUCAAUCACGUCAUAGUUUCGAAGAUUUCAAUCUUUUCUCAUUGGAUGAUGUUGAUCUUGCAUUCGAUAAAGUGAUUCAAGUUAAAUAUAAUCAAACAGUCAUAUUAAAAGGAAAAGGACAAGGUAUAACAUUGACACCAUUGCCAGCUGGACAUAUGAUCGGUGGUACUGUUUGGAAAAUCGUUAAAGAUGGUGAAGAAGACAUCCUUUAUGCUGUUGAUAUUAAUCAUAAAAAAGAACGACAUCUAAAUGGUUGUACAAUCGAUAAAUUAUCACGGCCAUCAAUGUUGAUUAUUGAUUGUGAUAAUAUUAAUUAUUUACCGGAAAGGCGAAAAAAACGUGAUACACAAUUAUUCAGCAGUAUUAUUGAAACAUUGAGAUCUAGUGGUAAUGUUCUGAUUGGUACGGAUACAGCUGGACGUAUAUUAGAAUUAUCACAUAUGCUUGAUCAAAUGUGGCGUAGUGAACCAGGUCUUCAUGUGUAUUCAAUCAUUUUGCUCAAUAAUUUCAGCUAUAAUGUAAUAGAAUUUGCCAAAUCAUUAGUCGAAUGGAUGAGUGAUAAAUUGAUGCGUGGUUUCGAAGGCCAACGUAACAAUCCAUUUGCAUUCAAACAUAUACAGCUAUGUCAUAACCUGAACGAAUUGGCUCGUAUUCCUGAACCAUAUAUUGUAUUGGCAUCACAACCAGAUUUUGAAUGUGGAUUUUCACGUGAACUUUUCUAUAAUCUUUGUGGUAAUGCAAAAAACACAAUCAUUUUAACCCAACGAUCAUCACCAGGUACAUUAUCCGAUUUACUUAUCAAUUCAGUCAAUUUACCACGACCAUUUACGAUGAAAUUUGAACGAAAAAUACGUGUACCAUUGACCGGAGAAGAAUUGGAUGAAUAUCUGGAACGAAAACGUAAUGAAGAAUUGGAAAAAGAAAAGGAAAAAAAUGCUAGUAAUUCGAUUAAAGAAAAAAAUAAUGAUGACGAUGAUGAAUCGGAUGAUGAAUCUGAUGACGAAGAUGAUGAGGAAUAUUUUGAUGAAGAAUUUAAUCGGAUUAAAAAUGUUAAAAAUGAAAAUUCAAGAACAGUGACAAAUAUUUCUGGCACACAACAUAAUACCGCCAAACAUGAUCUAAUGAUGUCAUCACGUAUGGAUGGCCGAUUAAAAGGUGGUGGAUUUUUUAAGAAUGCAAAAAAAUCCUAUCCAAUGUUUCCAUGUGUGGAAAAGAAAAUCAAAUGGGAUGAUUAUGGUGAAAUAAUCAAUGCAGAUGAUUAUUCAAUAUUUGAUAUGUCAAAAAUGUUUAUGGAAGAUAAAGAAAAUAUGAUGAUAUCUGAAGAAUUGAAAAAUGGCGGUGAAAAUAUGGCCAAAAUAAAUGAUGAUACAAUGAAUGAAUCGACAAAAGAAACAAACCCAACAAAAUGUAUUCGGAAUCUGGAAGAAUUGCAAAUAAAAGCUAAGAUUGAAUUGAUCGAUUUUGAAGGUCGUUCAGACGGUGAAUCACUAAAACGGAUAAUCAAAUUGAUAAGGCCACGACGUUUAGUAUUGGUUCGUGGUCUAACUGAUAAAGCUAAUAGUUUUGCCUCGUAUUGCCAGAAUAAUGAUUGUGUACCGGGAAAAAUUUUUACGCCAAAAAUUUCUGAAUUAGUCGAUGCAACAACUGAACGUCAUAUUUAUCAAAUUAAAUUGAAAGAUGCUUUGGUUAGUUCAUUGAAAUUUUCUCAUUAUAAAGAUGGUGCACAAUUAUCAUGGGUUGAAGCUGAAAUCGAUAUGGAUAUAACUGAAUCUAUAUUGCCACAAGAUGAAGAUCAACAACAAACAAAUUCCGAUUCGAAUGAACCAAAUAAUAAUAAAAAAGAUGAAUUAGAUUCAACAUUAAUGAUUCAAAUUGAUCAUCAUCGUAACAAUAAUCGUGAAAUGAUACCAAUAUUAAAACAAUUACCAUCAUCGGAAAUGCCUACACAUCAAACAAUAUUUGUAAAUGAAUUGAAAUUAUCGGAUUUUAAACAAAUAUUAAUGAAACAUGAUAUACAGGCAGAAUUUUCCGGUGGUGUAUUACUAUGUAAUGGACAGGUAGAGGUGAAACGAACAGAAUCCGGUCGUAUUCACCUAGAAGGAACCGUAUCGAAUGAAUAUUUCAAAAUACGACAAUUAUUAUAUGAUCAAUAUGCUAUUUUAUGAAUUUUUUUUUCAUACCAAAUUAAUCUUUAUUUUUUUUUGUCUUC